CAGGUGCCCCCCGAUACCGGGAUCUCCUCUAAGGCCAUGGGCAUCAUGAACUCGUUCGUCAACGACAUUUUUGAGCGCAUCGCCGGUGAGUCUUCUCGUCUGGCUCACUACAACAAGCGCUCCACCAUCACCUCUAGGGAGAUCCAGACUGCCGUGCGUCUGUUGCUUCCCGGAGAGUUGGCCAAGCACGCCGUGUCUGAGGGCACAAAGGCCGUCACCAAGUACACCAGCUCCAAGUAA